AUGUGUUUCUGCACCGGCACCACCGAGUACGACCCCCACCACCCCCCACCCCCCCGCAUCCCCACCCACACCGCCUACGCCCGCCCCGCCUCCCGCAGCAGCUACCACAGCACCUACCGCCACUCGAGCACCGGCCCCGUCGCCGCUCUUCCUCCUUCGCGUCGCUCCUUUGACGAUCGCCAUCACCAUGCCGCUCAUCACUCGACGUACCGUUCCAGCGCGACGAGUGUGCCCAGCGAGCGGCACCGGUAUGUCGAGAGCCAGUAUGAGCAGCACCCGCAGCCGGCGAGGCAUAGCGUGCAGUUGGUGGAGAGGAGGCCGAGGGGGGUGAGUCCGGGGGGUGGGGGUGGGGGUGGGGGCAGGGUUGUGAGGGAGAGGGAGAGGGUGGUUUAUGUGUAA